AUGAAGGUCUCAAACAACAGGCUUGGUGGUCUAGUUUCUGGUGGGAUGAAUAAUCUGUCCAAUAUGAAUGAACUGUACCUGGACAGGAACAAAUUUGAAGGGACAAUACCAUAUAGUUUGUCAGGUGUUUUAAAAGUCAUGGAUUUGAAUGAUAACGAGCUAUCUGGCAAUCUUGAUAACUCAUUAUGGAAUCUAUCUUCUUUGGUAGUCCUGAAUCUUGCUGGCAACCAUAUAACCGGCAAAAUUCAUCCACAAAUCUGUGGCUUCAUGGGACUUCACUUUUUAGAUAUAUCAAGCAAUAAUCUUACAUGGUAUGUACCAAACUGUAUCUUUAUACAGCUCAAUUUUGUUAACCUGUCUGAGAACUCGUUUUCUGGCGAUAUCUCUUUUCCCUUUUUCAACACAUCAAGUCUGAUUUCUUUGGAUAUCAGACACAAUCAGUUCACAGGCAACCUCCAUUGGGUACGUUAUCUUGACAACAUUAGGCUACUUACGUUGGGCAGAAAUAAGUUCGAAGGGCCAGUUAAUCCAAAAGUGUGCAAACUCAUGUACUUGAGGAUAAUUGAUUUGUCCCAUAACAAGCUUUCAGGUUCAUUGCCAGCAUGUAUUGGUGAUAUGUCUUUCAAAGGCGACACAGACGAUCAAAUGUUGGAGCCAGUCUAUGGAGAGAUAUACAAUGGCUCUUCAUAUGACUUACGAGGCUUCACCUUUGCCUCCAAGGGGAAUCUCUACACAUACGGUCGAAGUUUCUUCGCUUCAAUGUCUGGCAUCGACCUAUCUGCAAACAUGUUGCAUGGAGAAAUUCCUUGGGAGCUAGGAAAUCUAAGCCAUGUCAAAUCCCUUAACCUGUCAUACAAUUUCUUUGUUGUCCCGAUCCCGAUGACCUUGAGCGGCAUGGAGGAGAUAGAGAGCUUGGACCUCUCCCACAAUGAGCUGAGUGGACCAAUACCUUGGCAGCUAACUCAGUUAUCAACAUUGGGGGUGUUCUCUGUGGCAUACAACAACUUGUCAGGAUGUAUACCAAACUCUGGUCAGCUAGGCUUCGGCAUGGAGAGCUACCUAGGUAACACCAACCUUCACCAGAUUACACAGGGGGACAUGUGUGCUGCUCCCAGUCCAGAUCCUGCUGCCGGGAAAGAAGUGGAAGAGACGACCGGUGACCCAGUUCUAUAUGUGGUCACAGCUGCCGGCUUUGUGUUGGCGUUUUGGGCCACUAUUGGAUUCUCGUUUUACCAUCCUUACGGAAGAUCAGUAAUGCUCAAGAUGUAG